AUGAUGCUCAAAUCCUGCCUCUUCCCGUCCCUCGCAGUCGAGCUGGUCGAGCUCAUCGCUGGCUAUGUAGAUACCAACACCUUGAUGGAACUACGUCUAGUCUGUUGCGACCUGCAAAAAAAGACCUUCAACCAUUUCGCACGUCGCUGUUUCUCUUCGGUCAAGACUGAUCUCUCAGAGGAGAGUCUCGGUCGCAUCAACGCCCUCUCUCAUCAUGAAGCGCUGCGACCCUAUGUUCAUGGGUUAGCAUUUAUGCUUCAGAAUGGAGUGGGUCGUGGCUUGGUGUGGGAUCGCCACCCGUGGGGUCCUCUAUCCGCUCCCAUGGAGGUGGAAGCAAUCAAGCGCCUCCGGGAUAAUUUGGUCAACCAUUUGACAAACUGCCGUUCCUUCUUCAUCUUCUGUCGCUAUCCCGAAGGCCAUCCGGACAUGAGUCGCGUGACCAUCACUGACGCCGUCGCUGUGUUUUUUGCUCUCGUUGUUGACUCUCGUUUGCCAGUCUCAUCCUUUCAUUUGAUCUACGCCAAUCAGCAAUCUCGCACAUUGAUGAUGGAUAUGCGCCGCUUGCCAAAGCUCCUAUAUCGACAGCCCAAGUUUCGAAUAGUGUGGUCCAACUUGCAGAAACUCUCCUUGGAGCAGUAUCUGACUCUCGAUAAUUUCGGGUUCCUUCUGGAGCUGGUUUUGAGUGCCCCAAAUCUCAAAACAUUACUACUCAAUUUGGGCUCGCAUGAUUUGGCUGCGGAGUUUAUGCAUGAGCUAGCGGAAGCGGCCUCAUUCUCCCAGCUACAAGAACUAGCCUUGUUCCGCACGGCUGUGAGAGCACCAGAUCUACACAUGCUGAUUGAUGGACUUCGCGGGACAAUGCAGGCUCUCACUUUGUACCAUGUUUCGUUAGCGCCAGAUGACAGCUGGGUAGCUGUGCUGAAGGACCUCAGUCAUGACUUUCUGGCUUUGCAGAGAGUCUCUUUAUACUAUCUCUGGAACAGCACCCCGGCUACGCAGCUAAUAUCUUUCCCUGGACUUCACAAAGCGCCACUGAUAUGUGAAACACCGGUCCAACGACUUCAGAUGUUUUACUCGGAGAACCCGAAGAGCCCUGCUGUUCUUGGCGUUGAGUAUUCCGGGUCCAAGAUGUCGCAGUUUUUAGGCCUGUUACAGAAAACGGCCAUAUGUACCUGA